AUGACUGCGAUCGAACAAUCUCCCGCGCCGCAUGCGCCGAGCUCUUUGGUCAGAGUCCCCAUAGCUGAGCUGUGCCCCGACCUCGACCAACCGGUCAACAAAUCAAUCCUUGCAGCAGUGACCCUGGUGUGGCCGUACUCGUCUUCGCACAAAUCCCUGAGUCUUCUGUUAGCAGAGCCGGAUUUCCGCCUCCGACGCUCCCAAGGGCAAGUCAAGGUCACAUUCCAUGGACGCGUUGCAGAAAAGGUCGCAGAGUCGCAUGUUGGAAUCGGUGAUACCAUUUGUCUUGGUCUGAAUGGCUCCGAGUUUGUUCGCAAUGAAGCCACUCAGCACACCCCAGGCAAAUCUAUCGCAUGGGAUGCACACUUCAAAACCGGCGUGUGCCUCGAGGUUCGCCAGUCAUCCCAAAACCCGUUCACGGUAAAUGUUGAGCACGCGACAUGUGCGGCGACAGCCGCGCAGGAAGCCGAACCUGCACCACCCGCAACGCCGAUUAGGAAAUCUACUAGCGCUGAACAUGGUUUCGUCUCCAGCAUGGGAUCAUGGGGAUCUCCUGCAUUUCUGAAGCCAUCUCGGCCUUCCUUUGGAGGCACCACUCGCCCCGCAUUCGACCCUUUCGCCGAAGAUGAUGGAUUUGUGCCAGGAAAAGGAAGAAAAAGACCCAGAUACAGUCUACAGAGAAAUGAUUGGCGGGUUUUGGAUGAACCGAAUAGCCCAAUCGAGCAAGAAGGAGCUAUAGAUUGGGAGCAAGCUUUGGAACAAGAGCUCGACCGGGAGGACGCGGACGCGGGCUUAAACCCUACCGAUGAUGAGCCCGGGAGGGAUCCUACUGAAGUAUCAAACCCCGAGAUUGAUAUGGAAGAACAGGUGUCACAGCCGGUAUUUGCAAAACCUUCUCUUGAACUUACCGGGAGCAUCCUGGAGAGGCGCGCGGAAGAGUCGAACAAUGCUAUGAUUCAGGAAGUUCGUCAAGCACAGGUUCAGCUUCCGACAGAUACACCAAAAAUUCGUCCUAUCCCUUCCCCCGGACUGCCGAUUCCUUCGCCGCUCGUGUCUGAUAACGCCGGUUUGACCGAUUAUUUUCCAUCAUGGACAUCCUCAGAAGCCCAGGAGAUUAGAUCAGUUGCGACUGAGAUUGCAACACCUCCUGCCUCAUUCGUUGAGACAAGUGAAAUCGAGGCCGGAUCUAUUGACUAUAGCCAAGCAGGAUUUGCUGGGCCAGAUGUUGGUUCAGUCGAUCAGAACGUCUUUGAUACUGUUUUCCCACCGACAAACGAAACAGAACCAUACUCGGCUCCUCAUAGUUUACUAGAGGAGCAGGAUAGUGGACCGAUCAAUACUUUCUCCACAUCGAUCAUUGAACAAGGGUGCACCAAAGUGAACGAUCAAAUCGAUGAUUUUCGCGAAGACGACCCAAGCGUCAGUCAAGCGCUCCACGAAGAAGACAAAGAGGAGGAGGAUACUAUGGAAGCCAUGGAUGACUUUGUUCCCAUGCCGACUGAUCUCGAUAUUGUACCAGUGGGUCAAGCCACAGGCGAAUUAGGACUCGCAGAUCCCCAAUCGCUGGAACAAGAUGUCACUGAUGUGUACGGACAAGAUCUCGGACGUAACGUAAAAUCCGUUGGGCCUGAUGGCGAACACAACCUCGAAGAAGAUUCCGGGUCAGAUCUACAAUCGGCGAAGGAUGCACCCUCUGCCACAGAUCUCGAUAUGGAUGCACUUCAUGCUCUUCAAAGCAUGAGGAAUCUACGCGAAAAAGAGAGCUCAAAAAGACAGAGAUCUUCGCAAGAGGAAUCCGACGGCGGAGAUGAAGAUGAAGAUUCCUCACUGGCCACAGGAGUGCUAGACCGUUCACGCGACGGAAGCCCCUAUCCAGGGGAUGACCAAAUGGUCGAUGAGGAGGAUAGGCACAACGCCCGAUCAGAGGAUUAUUACGACUCCGAAGACGAGUACGACGAGGAGGCAUCUCAGUACGGCCAAGACGAGUACGGUCUGGAUGAAUCUGACGGUGAUGAGUCUGAGCAGGAGAACGACUCCUCUUCCCGGCCUCAGCCCCCUCAAUCACAAGAAGUCAUCGUGUUAGACAGUGACAGUGAAGAGGAAGCCGAUUCCGAGACCCCGGAAAAGCCUAAUGCACACUCUUUAGAGCAAGAUGAUCACUCAUCAUCCCGAUCCGGGUCACCCGGGUCCGCUGUUGCUUCGGAUGAUGCUGACUUGGCCAUCGAUGCCGAUUUGGCAGAGUCACAAAGUGACGGCUCAGAGAAGCUCGAUGGUUCAGCCAGCGAGGAUGGAAGCGAAGAUAAUGGAAGCGAAGAUGUCAAUGGCAAGGGUCUCUUGUACCGUGAACCAGACGAUCGAGUCUACGACAGUGACAAGGGCGCCGAAUCAUCUCGAGCGGUCUCUGAGCAGGGUGAUGAUGAAGAAGACGAUCGAGUCCACGACAGUGACAAGGGCGACGAAUCAUCUCGAGCGGUCUCUGAGCAGGGUGAUGAUGAGCCAGACGAUCGAGUCCACGAUAGUGACAAGGAUGAAAGAUCGCCGCCAGCUGUCUUUGAGAAAGGCAGGGAUGAGCCCACUGAAAAUAAAGCGCCUAUGCAACGCCCAAAUGAUGAGCGAGGGCAUUCCUUCGACAAAUUUGAGUCACCAGAUGAAUACCAAAGCUUUGGCGCAAACAAUGCAAACGAUAAUGAUUAUAUUCUGGAAGACACAGCCGAUGAUCGCGACCAACACUUGACCGAUACAGUGGUGUAUCACGAAGAUCGACCUGAGCUGAAUUCGCAGCCCGGCACCAAAGAGCAUUCCCCCAAAUACUACAACGUGGAUGGAGCGGCUGAGUCGUUUGUUGCUCCUGCUGCUGAUGUUGCCGAAGUUGACGCAGCUGAUUUGCUUCUGGGCCAUGCGUCGACACCCCAAGUGCCGGGGUCCCUCGGCACCAGCUCGUUUACUGAACCCCACUUCGAAAUGGCCGCAGACUCUACUCAAGAAACUAUCACGUUUGAACGGACUGUUGACUCCGAGUUUGAACUCUCAACCACGAUUAAUAAACCGCAAAUCUCUCCGGACUUGAACCGAUCACCACAGCCGUUUCCCCUUUCCGGCUCACCAAAGCCGGGCGAGGAUGGCGCACCUGGCUCAGAUGAUCAUGCAAAAAAAGUCAGCGAAACCGAAGAUGAUGGCGGUGACGAUGCCGAGUCUGCUGUGGAAUUUGUUCAGACUAUAGAAACUCCAGAGCCUCGCUUUGCUGUCCCCAAGGUUGUGAUUAGCACUGGUUCUACUGGAAGUCCAUCAGCGCUUGUGCAGCCUCCGACUCCUGGUCGUGAUGCCCACGGUCUGCGCAGUAAGAUCUCAUAUUUUCCUCCACUCGCUACCCUUGUUGAUUACCACAAUGCCCUGGUGGAUACCAUUUCCAUUGUCCAGGCUAUCUCGCCGGUCAGUCGACUCAAAACAGGCACCAGGGAUUGGUUCAUCAGUAUUGACCUUACCGACCCGUCCAUGGCGGGCAUGACUCUAAAUGCCCGGAUCUCACGCCGUUACAAAUCAGCGAUACCAGCCUUGACUGAAGGCUCUGCAAUUCUGCUCCGUGAAAUCGAAGUCCAAAGCCUCGAGCAUAAAAUUACACUUGUCAGUGCCGCAACCAGUGCUUGGGCGGUAUUCGAUGGCUCAGGUCCGGACGCUGAAGUGAACGGACUUCCAGUGGAAUAUGGCUCGGAGGAACGUGCCUAUGCAUCGGGUCUACGUCGGUGGUACACUGAGGUUGGUUCCGCUAGUGUUGCGGACCAUAUGCUCCAGGCGUCGAUAGAGAGAGACAGCAUCGAUCGUGAAUUCUCUCCACCCAACAGUGAAGUACCGAGCGAGCUUGGAAGUCCGAGUUCUAGACGUAGCUCACGACGCAGGCGGCAGAGCAACCGUCAAGUCACCAUUCAUGAGCUACGGGAUGGCACUCGUUAUACGGAGGUAGGAUCUCCCAACAGUCGGAAUAGCAGUGUUCACGAACUAAGGGAUGGGACUUUGUAUGCCAACAUUUGA